AUGGUGGCAGAGGCACAGAAACGUAUCGAAUGGCUAUUGACAAAUAAGAACGUCAACCAUUGGUUUUCAUCAACCAAAUCACAGACAAUUCUUGUCAACGGCUAUGGUUCCUUGGAGCGCGUUACAACAAUGUCGAUUUUCUGUGCUAUGCUCGCACAGAGCUUAAACUCACCUGGCUCCCUCAUCGUCUUGAGUCAUUUCUGUGGCCUUCAGAUGCUUGACAGGAACUCACAAGAUGCAAAAGAGCAAAAAACGAGCGGCUUGUUAAGAAGCCUUCUGAUACAACUUCUGGCGCAGUGGAAAUUUCCCAAUAUUACUUGCCUCAAACACGACUUCAUAGAGAAGUUGAAGAGAACCAGUCCGAAUUGGAGCUCUCGCCGACAAGGGCGUCUUUUGCGUCGCCUGGUGGCUGAGCUUCCCAAAGCGACACCCAUCUUCAUCAUUAUUGAUGGCACCAAUUAUUACGAGAUUGCAGACUUGUGCGAUGUCAUGAAAGAAGCGGUGGAGGAAAUUAACGAACUUCUCUCUUCAAAGAGUGUGGAAACAAUGGUCAAAAUAUUAAUCACGAGUCCGACACGGUCAUUUGAUCUCAUCGAGUACUUCAAAACUAAUGAGAUUAUCAACGUGCCUGAAGACAUGGAUGACACUAUAACAAGAUUUUCUGAGUCCAGACUUAAGCUACAGUUUGAUUCUAAAGUGGAAGAUUUGAAGCACUCGUUGAGCAGAAACGAGUACAUGUGA